UAUUCUUGAGAUUGAGAAUCCAUUUCUUGUCGGUUUAAGUGAGAGUGAAACUGUGGAAGCAUAAGGAUAUCUGAUUUUUUUUUCAAUUCCCACUAGACACCCCUUACUCUCUCUUCAUCUUCCUUCAAAUCAACCUCUUAAACCCUCUGAAGCUUGAAAUUUUAUCUGGUAAUGGCAGACAACAGUACUGCUGCUUGGAAGGUACCUCUCGGACCUGUUCCUCCUCCUCCCCCUGGUCUCAUGAAGGCUAAGGUUCCAUGGAUGUCCACUGUGAGGAAGGGAAACCUGCCAUACGAAGAACUUGUGUUGAGGAAAGUUAGAACUAUAAUGAACAAACUGACAGUGGAGAAAUACUAUAUUCUGAGAACCCAGCUCAUUGAUUCAGGGAUCACAACCCCAUCUAUCUUACAAGGUGUUACGUCUCUGAUAUUCAGCAAGGCUGUGAUGGAGCCAACAUUUUGCCCGCUGUACGCUUUUCUGUGCUCGGAACUUUCUGUUUAUUUCCCAUCAUUUCCUCCAGAUGAGCCGCAAGGAAAACAAAUCACUUUCAUGCGUAUCCUCUUGGAUAUUUGCCAGGCAACUUAUGAAUCAGCAAAUAUGAAGGCAGGAGAGACAAGGCAGCAGACUAUGACUGUUGCGCCUAAUCAAGAUUUGGAGUAUGGAUACAAAGAGAGAAGACAAAAUCUUGGAAAUAUAAGAUUCAUUUGUGAGCUUUCAAAGCAGAGAAGAGCUGUUCUGACGAUUGUUAGUCUCAUUCUUAAGCAUUUGGUGGAACAAGAUGAUGUUGAGGUGAAUGUGGAGGCAAUAUGUUUAUUACUGAGCACAGUUGGUAGGCAGUUGGAUGAGUCCUCCAGCAAGUCACGUGUUACAAAUGAUGUUUACUUCGAUCGUCUGAAAGACCUGCUAACAAUACAUCCUCAACUGGCAACACGGCUUAAGUUCAUGAUUUAUGAUAUUCUGGAUCUUCGAGCUAACAAUUGGGUCAACCCAAGGCACCCAAAUCAGGUGAAAGACAAGGCCAUCAAUGAAUUAAUCCGUCCUUUGGAAGUACAAAAGAAACUUGGCCGCAUCCGCUUUGCAGAAGGUACUACAGAUUGGAAGAAAUCUAUAUUCACAGAGAUUUCACCCCGUUAACCGACCUUGCACCACCAUCAGCGGUACAAUAGAGAUUGGGGAAAAGGAAACCAGGAUUGACAAUAACGGCUUAAGAAUUUCCUUGCAGUCAGUGGCAACUAGUGAUGCUGUUUCUGUUUGUUUUUUCAUUUACUGUUGUUUAGUUUUGAUGAAGAAAUUUCUACUGCGUCCUUCCUGUAGAAUUUCUUCUUCUAUACCUAGUGACUGUUGUUGGAUGUGCACUUGUUAAGUUGUUUUAUGAUAUGGUUGUGGUAGUUCAAUCAAGUCUGGUUCACACUUUUGUUGGUCAUCUGAAAAAUGUAACAAAAUGAGAGAUCUGACGAGAAGAAAUUUCUGUAUAUGCUCCUCAACUGAAAUUCAAAUCCUUUCUUCUUCAUCUGGUA